CGCGCCCCUCCCCCGCCGCCCGGCCCCAGCGGCCCCGCGGGAGCGGACGCGCGUGCGGUGCUCGGUGACACCAUCAGUCUGUUGCAGCCCCCUGUGCCAGGAUGACUCAGGAUGUGGAUGAUCUGGAGUCCAUCUAAAGCCUGGCCGAGGUCCGCAUGCCGCCACCACCCUGUCCCCUGUCCCCUAGCCUGGGCCGUGCAUUCCCACCAGGAGGAAGCACAGGAGUGAGUCUUCCGAGCCUGCGGAGCGAGCAAGUGGCCUACGACGGAGGGACCCCAGGCCAGCGGCUUCUCCGUUUGUUGGAAACAUUCUCCCGCAGCGGCUCUGCAAGAUGACCAGCCUGUUUCGCAGAAGCAGCAGCGGCAGCGGCGGUGGCGGGGCUACCGGGGCUCGCGGAGCCGGGACAGGGGCUGGGGAUGGCAGUACGGCCCCUCAGGAGCUCAACAACAGUCGGCCGGCUCGCCAGGUACGCCGCCUCGAGUUCAACCAGGCCAUGGACGACUUCAAGACUAUGUUUCCUAACAUGGACUACGACAUCAUUGAGUGCGUGCUGCGUGCCAACAGCGGCGCGGUGGACGCCACCAUAGACCAGCUGUUACAGAUGAACCUGGAGGCGGGUGGUGGCAGCGCCUAUGAGGACAGCUCAGACUCGGAGGACAGCAUCCCACCAGAGAUCCUGGAAAGGACUCUGGAGCCGGAUAGCUCUGAGGAAGAGCCCCCGCCGGUAUAUUCACCGCCAGCCUACCACAUGCACGUGUUCGACAGGCCUUACCUGCUGGCUCCUCCAACGCCACCUCCCCGGAUUGAUGUCCUGGGCUCCGGACAACCUACAAGCCAGAGGCGCUACAGAAACUGGAACCCACCCCUCCUGGGUAACCUCCCAGAUGACUUUCUCCGAAUCCUUCCCCAGCAGAUGGACAGCAUUCAGGGUCACCCCGGGGGCUCCAAGUCUAUGAGUGGAGAGGGAGGCCCCCCUCCGGCACCAGGGCCCAUGGCCUGUGACCAGGACAGCCGCUGGAAACAGUACCUGGAAGAUGAGAGAAUCGCCCUCUUCCUGCAGAAUGAGGAAUUCAUGAAGGAGCUGCAGCGAAACCGAGACUUCCUCCUCGCCCUGGAGAGAGACCGAUUGAAGUAUGAAUCCCAGAAAUCCAAAACCAGCAAUGUGGCUGUUGGAAAUGACGUUGGCUUUCCCUCCUCUGUCCCAGGAACCAGUGAUACCAACCCCACUGUGUCAGAAGAUGCCUUAUUCAGGGACAAGUUGAAACACAUGGGAAAAUCCACGCGCAGGAAGCUGUUUGAACUCGCCCGAGCCUUCUCUGAGAAGACCAAAAUGAGGAAGUCAAAGAAGAAACAUUUACCGAAGCUUCAGUCGUUGGGGGCUGCUGCAUCCACAGCCAACCUCCUGGAUGACGUGGAGGGCCAUGCUUAUGAGGAAGACUUCCGGGGAAGGCGGCAGGAGGCGCCUAAGGUGGAAGAGGCCCUAAGAGAAGGACAGUAAGAGGUGCCAGCAGCUUCACCUUGCCAGAGAUGUUCUGACUGGGUGGGGGCAUCCAGAGAGCAGCACCAGUGCCCUCCAGCUGCAGCCCAGACAGACGGUGCUCGCACACCAAGGCUCAGGCUUCUUCAGCCACAGUCCAGCCCAGCCACUGCCGCUUUCCACAGACAGGACUUAGAACUUUCAGAGAUGCUUGUGUUUGGAGGAGGGGCCUGGAGCCUUCGAGACAGCAGCCAGCCAGCCACAACCCCAUUUGUAGUCUGGCUCCUCUAUAGGGGAUGAGCAGAAAUGCAGGAACCACCCCUUCUACUCCCCUCUCCCCCCCCAAAAAAAAAGUAAAGAAAGAAAAGAAAGAAGAAAGAGAAGAAAAAGAAGAAAGAUCCUCCCAAGAUUGCAGUUUAGGAACUGGCAAAGUACCCAUGUGGAGGCUCUUUGGGACUGAAGAGAGUUCGGCUUCUUUCCUAUCUCUCCUGGCCUGCCACAGUGGGUCUGAUUUAUACCCUCCCACAACCCCCUGUCCCCACCCCCACCCCAAAGGUCUCCUGCACGUCAGCCUUGCCAGGGACUGCUGACUCUUGGCUCCAACCUGCACGAAACUCUGGACACUUUGGUCAUGUCGGGUCCAGCUUAUAGGGCUGCUUCUAUUAAGGGCUCUGGCUGUCACCUCCAACAGCCUCCACUUGACCCAGCAGGGAUGGGGAGGGUGACCCCGGAGCUGGAGGAUUCUGUUUAGGCAGGGUCUACAUCGCAGUGGAGUACCUCAGGGGCCGGACCGGUCCGGCUGUUUUGUAAGAGGUGCUGGAGUUUCAGAGUGGGGGUGACUCCAAAUGGGAAGGUGCAGGCUGAAGUGCAAGUUGCAAGAGGCUACCAGCCUGAGGCAGGGGAGUGGGGUGGCAAGCCCCAAGAACUUGCCGGGUGCCUCAGGUGGAGAGCCAGAGGUGAUUUAAGGAACCGGCACCAACCACUGCCACGGGACGGAGGCCUCACCCGUAUCUCAUGACCUGGGAACGCACUGACCAUCUAGAGAGAUCUGGGAAGCCUGGAUAGGUGCGGGGAGUCCUGGUUGAGAAUGGGAUCCGAUGCUUGGGUGGUGGGGGCUGCUAAGGACUGGCAGAAAAUGGGAGCCUGGUGGACAUAGGACCGCAAUCGCCUCAACUCCUGCGGGUCAGUCGAGCUUCCCCGGGCUCGGAAGAGCGGUGCACGCAGAGAGUGACCAAGUUUUGGAAGUGUGCGCAGCCAGUUCGGGUGGGGUGGAGGGUGAGGACCACGUUGGCUCCGAGCCAAGCCUGUGACACCCCCCACACCCCCUGUAGAGAAAGCUCCCCGCCUCCAGGAGCCCCGGGAGGCUAAAGUGAGCUCUAGGCGUGUCUAAGGCCCUCCCUCCUCCAAGGCCGGGCUCACUCGGGGAAGCCCUAGGUUUGUGUGUCACUUUGUUGUUUUUUUUCCCCUCCAGUGUGUGGUUUUUUUCCCUUGGAGCUGUUUCAUAGGAAUUCCGGUAAUAAAGACUUGGUGUUCUCUUGGUGCUCUGAUGUGGCCGGCGGCGCGGGCUGGACCCUCCCUCCUUUUGCCUUCGCAGGGGGAAAGGGUUUGGCUUUUUGGAGUCUUGCGGACUCCUUGGGCCACCUGCCUAGCUUUUCCCGUCUCCUCCCCCCAACCCCCCGUGCUCCGUUCACCUUCACUUAAGGUUGUUUCUAAUAAGGUCCAAAGGACUCAGGCGCCCUGCACACCGCCACACCGCCUGUGUGACCUGCUGGCUUUGUCUAGCGAGCCUCCUUCCUCUUUGCCGCGCAAAAAACAAAACAAAACAAAACCCGUUUGCUGAUAGGCGAGAAAACAGGAUUGAGAAACCCAGCCGGUUGCGAAAGAGUCAUACGGUGCCUCCCUGCAUUAAACAACAAAGCAAGGUUUAAUGGUGACUUCGGGCCGAUGGGAGGCUCCUAGGUGUGCAUCAUAGAGGUGUGUGCACCUUACACUUACUUGAAAGGGAACGCAUCGGUAUCUUAGCUUCCUCAGCCUCCAACUCAGCUGGACUCCCUUUCACCUUUACGAGGGCAGGGACAGGAUGCUGGCGACUAAAAGAGGAAACGGGCAAAAUUCUCAAGGUUAAAAGUCUUCCUUGUGUGGAGACAAAGGCCUUGUGGCUUUUAACAGCACAUGUUUCUUGUUCUGGGCUCAGAGUCGUCUCGACAAGGCUCUUUCCCCCAAGGAAAGGAUUUCAAGCUAGGAUAUAAGCAACUGUCCCUGUCGCCCUUCCCUCUGGGUCCUACCUUAACCCUAACAGAUACAGGUAGGCUGGUAUGGCAGCAUUCCCAAGUCAGGUGGCAUGCUAUACUAGGCAAACUAAGGUUCUCUUCCUACCUUAGGCCAGUUAUUCACCGAUAUCCUGGAGCUAUUCAGUACUGAAAGGAAGCUGUAGAGCUACCUGUGGGCUUGUAGAAAUACUUGCUUUCUAGGUUGUGGGGAGCUGGCUGAGUGGCUAAGAGCACAUACUGCUCCUUCCUGGAAGAACCAAGUUCAAUUCCCAGCAGCUGCAUCAGGCAAUUCCCAACUGCCAGUGACUCUUGCUCCAGUGGAUCUGAUGCUUGCUUCUGACAUCACACACACACACAACUUUUAAAUAAAAAUGUUUUAGAAA